AGCCUGUGUAUAUUAAUAGUAAUGAAACUAACUUAAAAAUAUUAUAAAAGAAGAAUAAAGAUAAAAGGAUUUUUGAAGAAUGGCUGCCAUGAAUGAUGCUCCAGCGGUGGAAGCAGAUGCCAGUUCCAUGCAAGGAGCCGCUGUCUUCAAUCAUCCAGAUGAUCAUGAAUUCUGGUGCCGGAUCCAUCCUGCAUCUCCUGAUAGUGUUCCAGUGAAUGAGGACACCAAGACCUUUGCAAACCUUCAAGCUCAACUUGAGCAAGAUUUCUCACAAGUACCGAAGUUGAAACGAAGUAUCAAGUUUCUGAAAAGAUGUUUCAAAGUUCCGAUGGGGAAUGAGGAGGCCCCAGUGUGUGUUCGCUCAUUCAUCAAUAUGACAAAAUGGUUUGGCUCGUUCACAAGACUUACUAAUAACUCUUGCAUCUUUCUGGACCAGAUUCACAAAUUAAUGUCAUAUUUACUGGAGCAAGGAAAUGAAAAAAUCAGUCCUUUUGCUGGAAUGAUCGACCAACGACAGGCAGAGGAACAUUUGAAUCAACCCUCAGCCAAACCAGAAUCGUAUUUAAUCAGAUUUAGUGAAAGUCUUGCUGAACAAGGUGGAUUCUCUCUUGCAGUAAAGUGCAAUGCGACUGAAAUCAGACAUUACAACAUACUGGGAAACACAGCAGAAGCAUCACAGCAAAGAACAUUUAACGCUCGUUUAAAACUUCGGCACAGAGAGUAUCCUGAUCUCAAUGAGGAUGAGGGAGAGUACAACGACAUUGUGGAGUUCAUGAAGAAUCGUCUCAGCGAUGAGAUAGAAGAUAAUGUUUACUGCACGUAUAUUUGCCCCAAUUUGCCUUGUAAUGCCUUGUUCAGGGGCUAUGAUUGAUAGAGAGACAUAUGUCUACCCAAUAUAAACUUCUCAUAUGUACCCAUUAUGGUACACAGUCAGUAGUUUAAAUAUAAUAUUGAUACCUAAUGUUUACCUAUGUAAUGUGUACAUGUAAUGUGAAUAACAUAUGUGAGAAUGGUUGAGAGUACAUUUGCACUCUUAAGUUUAUUCGAAAGCUCCAGUGUGCCGUGUAAUGGUGUGUUUGGAGGUUAUGAUUAAAUGGGAGACAUAUGUACACCUAAUAUGUACCUAUCAAUAUUGUACACAUAAUAUGGAUACUUAAUGUUUACCUAAUAUGAAGAGCGUAUUGUGAAGAUUGGUGCACAUUCACAUUUACACCCUUACACCCUUAAAUUUGUUCACAAGCUUCAAUUUGCCAUGUAAUGCUUUGUUUGAAAAAGAGGUGUGCAAUAUUGUUUGAUGGUGGGCCAUAUAACCAACUACCGACAUCUAGCUGGGCCACACGAAAAAAAGUGAAUGUGCCUUUUUCCCAAUCACCGGUCAAAACGACAAAAGAUUUGACUCGGUGGAAAGGGCAAAAAAGCGACCUUUUAAACAUGAACUGUCGGAUUAAGAUUUCAUGUAUGACGAUGAAAAAUCUGAGUGUUGCCAAGGGCCACACUAAAUGACUUGGUAGGCCGGUUUGUGGCUCGCGGGCCGCUUGUUGCACACUCCUGAUUAAAGAGAGACAUAUGUGCACCCAAUAUGCACAUCUAACAUGUGCACCAAAUGUGAAUACUCGUAAUUACAUACACCCAUUGUGAACACUUAAUGUGAACAGCGUAUGUCUAAACGAAUCUGUGCAAAAGCCACAAUUUGUCAUGUAAUGCUCAGUUCAGAGGUCACGAUUAAAGAAAGGCAUAUGUACACUUGCCAUAAUUUAAACAUUAUAUUUGUGAGGUGUGUCACAACAUAUUUGCACACACUACUGUAAUUUGCUCUGAAGCUUCAAUAUGGCAUGUAAUGCUUAAAUUGAGGGAAGUCACCUAAAGUGUACAGCUAAUGACAUCACCUAAUAUAUCAGGGUGUCUAAAAAGUGCCUUCACAAUUUUAAUUUUGUUAUGAAGUCAAUUCUCAAUAUAUCUUAACCAGGUUUGUUGUUUUUUAAUCAGUAAUUGUUUAAGUAUUUUUACUUCAUUCAAUACAUCUGUGAGGGCCAAAACAAUAUAUGGUAUUGAUAAAUUCACUUUGCAAUUUCAAAAAGAUUUCAUGGACACCCUAUAAAUAACAUAUCCUUGAUGAUGCAUUGAAAAUUUUCUUUCUUGUUUUUGUGCACGGAGCCAUUCGCAUCCACAAAUCUACGUCAAAAUAUUCUAGUCUUUGUUUCUGUAUUAUAUAAGAUUAUGCCAUCAUGUUGAUCUGACAUUUUUUGAUACUCUUUGCAACCGGAUGAUAAUCUUGACAUGUUUUUUGUUCGUGUAUGUUCAUGUCAACUAUUUAAAUCUUUGUUUCUGACAAAAAAAUUUAAAUUAAUUGUGCAGUUACUCAUUCACAUUUUUAGCUUUCUAGUUUUUGUUUCCUUGUGAAGUUCAAUCAAAUUCAUGUUUGCUGAUUUUUUUUACAUAUCAUUUUUUACUCAAUUUAAAUUGCUCUAUAUUACCUUACUUCCACAUUCCUGUCACUUUCAGGAACAUUGCCAGGGGGGUAUUGGUAGGCUGAGGGCCAAAAUCACCCCCCCCCCCUUCCCCCCC